AAAACUUCCAGUUUAACAAUAUGACUGAAUCUUGGUCUGCUAAAAAGGUUCGCUCUUCCUUUAUCGAAUUCUUUGAAAAGAAUGGUCAUACUUUUUAUGCCUCUUCUCCUACGAUUCCUCAUGAUGAUCCUACUUUACUAUUUGCCAACGCUGGUAUGAAUCAAUAUAAACCUAUCUUUUUGGGUACCGUUGAUCCUUCUUCUCCUCUUUACAACUUGAAACGAGCCACCAACUCUCAAAAGUGUAUUCGUGCAGGUGGUAAACAUAAUGAUUUGGACGAUGUUGGUAAAGAUACCUAUCAUCAUACCUUCUUUGAAAUGUUGGGUAACUGGUCUUUUGGUGAUUAUUUCAAGGCUGAAGCUACAAAAUACGCUUGGGAAUAUUUGACCAAAGUAUUAAAACUUCCUGAAGAUCGUCUUUAUGUCAGUUAUUUUGGUGGGGAUGACAAAUUGGGACUUGAACCUGAUCUUGAAGCUAAAAAGAUUUGGAUGGAUCUUGGUGUAGAAGAAAAGCGUCUUUUACCUGGUGAUUCUAAGGAUAAUUUCUGGGAAAUGGGUGAAACUGGUCCAUGCGGUCCUUGCUCCGAAAUUCACUAUGAUCGUAUUGGUGGUCGUGAUGCUGCUCAUCUUGUCAACAUGGAUGAUCCUAAUGUAUUGGAAAUCUGGAACGUUGUGUUUAUUCAAUUCAAUCGUGAACAAGGUGGUAAACUCCGUCCUUUACCUAACAAACAUAUUGAUACCGGUCUUGGUUUGGAACGUCUUGUUUCUAUACUUCAAAACAAGUAUUCUAACUAUGAUACUGAUGUCUUUAUGCCUCUCUUUGCCAGAAUCAAGGAAAUGACUGGUGCUCGUGAUUAUGCUGGCAAAUUGGGUGAAGAAGAUGCUGAUGGUAUUGAUACUGCUUACCGCGUUGUGGCUGAUCAUAUUCGUACCUUGACUUUUGCUAUUACUGAUGGUGGUGUUCCUAGUAAUGAAGGCCGUGGUUAUGUCUUGCGUCGUAUCUUGCGUCGUGGUGCCCGUUAUGUCCGCAAAUACUUUAACGUUCCUAUUGGAAACUUCUUCUCUUCUCUUGUGGAUACUUUAGUUGAACAAAUGGGUGAAGCUUUCCCUGAAUUAUUGAAAAAGGUCGAAGAAGUCAAAUCUAUCUUGGACGAAGAAGAAGUUGCUUUUGCCAAGACUUUGGAUCGUGGUGAAAAAUUAUUCGAAAACUAUCUUGCUGCUGCCAAAGAACGCGGUAGUAAGACACUUUCUGGAGCUGAUGUCUGGCGUUUAUAUGAUACUUAUGGUUUUCCUGUGGAUUUGACUCGGGUGAUGGCUGAAGAAAAUGGUAUGUCCGUAGAUGAAAAGGAAUUCGAAGCCUCUCAAGAAGCUGCCAAAGAAGUCUCUCGUCGUGGUAAGGCUACUAAUGCUCAAGAAUCUGUCGCUUUGGAUGUACAUGAUUUGGCUGAAUUGGGCAAGAAUGAACAAGUACCCAAGACUGAUGAUUCAUUCAAAUAUAGUGGUGGUAAUGUUCAAGGUCUUAUCAAAAGCAUUUACUACCAGCAUAAAUUCCUCUCUGAUACCAAGGAUAUCCCUGAAGGUGCUAAUUUUGGUAUUUUGACGGACAAGACUAAUUUCUAUGCUGAAUCAGGUGGACAAGAAUAUGAUACUGGUAGUAUCAUCUCUUUGGAUGGAAAUACUGAAUUUGUGGUAGAAGAUUGUCAAGUAUAUGGUGGUUAUGUACUUCAUGUGGGACAUUUGAAAUAUGGUUCUUUCAAAUAUGAUGAUCAAGUUGAAUUAUCCUUUGAUGAUUUACGUCGUUUCCCAUUAAAAAACAACCAUACUUCGACCCAUAUUUUGAACUUUGCUCUUCGUCAAGUAUUAGGUGAAUCUAUUGAUCAACGUGGUUCUCUUGUUGCCCCCGAAAAACUUCGAUUUGAUUUCUCUCACAAGUCGGCUGUUACUCCCAAACAACUUGCUGAAGUGGAAAAGAUCUGUAAUGAAUUUAUCAUCAAGAACUCACCAGUUUACUCCAAAGAAGUUCCAUUACCCGUUGCCAAAGCUAUUCAUGGACUUCGUGCAGUCUUUGGUGAAACUUAUCCUGACCCAGUACGUGUUGUAUCUAUUGGUUAUGAUGUGGAUGAAGUAACUGCCGAUGUGUCAAAUCCUAAAUGGGCUACUACUAGUGUUGAAUUUUGUGGAGGUACUCAUGUGACCAAGACAGGAGAUAUCAAGCUGUUUGCCAUUCUUGAAGAAAGCGGUAUUGCCAAGGGUAUUCGCCGUAUUAUUGCUGUGACUGGAGAAGAAGCUCUUAAAGCUGACCGUGUUGCCAAAGAAUUUGCUCAACGUUUAGACCAAUUGGAAAAGAUGACUGACAAGGCUCAAGUUGAAAUUGAACUCAAGAACAUGGCUCGAGAUCUUGAAACAUUAACAGUAUCUGUGGUUGCUAAGGCUGAAUUCCGUGAACGAUAUAACAAGAGAAAGAAGGCAUUUGACGAAUUGGAAAAGGCUCGACAAAAGGAACAAGCUUUGGAAGUGACGGAAGCUGUCAAGAAAUACUUUGAAGAAAACGCUGAUGCCAAGUAUGUGGUUUUAUCAUUGAAUGUAGGUAAUAAUAGCAAGGCUUUAUUGGCUGCCAUCACCUAUGUCAAGUCAAAUCUCAAGGAUAAGGCUGUUUAUCUCUUCUCAUCUGAUGCUACCUCUGGUCGUGUUGCACAUAAUUGUUUUGUUGGUAAAGUUCUCAUCACUAAUCAUGGUCUCAAGGCUUCCGAUUGGGCUGGCGUAGUUGCUGAAAAAGUGGGUGGGAAAAAGGGUGGCAAGGAUGAAUCUGCCCAAGGAUCUGGUGAUAAUAUUGCUGGUUUAGAUGAUGCUAUCAAGGUGGCUGAAGAAUUCGCAAAAAUGAAGAUUAGUGCUUAGGACUCUUUUUUUUUUUCAGCAAGUUGUGAUCAUAUUAGCAUAGUCUAGUCUUGUUAUUAUUAUUAUUAUACUAUUUUAUUUUUAUUAUAUAUAGUUUAUUGUAUGUAC